CCUUCACCGUCUACGGCUAGGAAUGGCGAAUGGCCAGUACCAUUUUCAAUAUUCAGUCCCCUGAUCUAUCUCUCUUCUCUUGUAUGGCCACUCCGCGAAUUCUACUAUGCGGCGACGUUUUAGGCCGCCUCAACCAGCUCUUCAAGCGGGUGUCUACGGUCAACAAAUCGGCCGGUCCAUUCGAUGCCUUACUCUGCGUGGGUCAGUUCUUCCCGGACUCGCUGGAACGUGUCGACGAGUUCAAUGAAUUCAUUGAGGGCCGCUCCCAAAUUCCUCUGCCCACCUACUUCAUCGGCGACUUCGGAGUGGGUGCCGCUAAGGUCCUAUUAGCUGCUUCUAGAGACUUUGCCAACCAAGGCUUCAAGAUGGACGGCUUGAAGAUUUGCCACAAUCUCUACUGGUUGAAAGGAAGUGGCCGCUUCACUCUCCAUGGGUUAUCUGUGGCAUAUUUAUCUGGUAAGCACUCUUCGGAUGCCCAACAGUUUGGAGUAUACAGUCAGGAUGAUGUUGACGCAUUGCGUGCAAUUGCAGAGGAACCUGGAGUUGUCGAUAUCUUCCUUACUAAUGAAUGGCCAACCGGUGUCACAAAUAGAGCAUCCCCGUCUGAUAUUCCCCCUGGAAUCUCGGAUUCCUUUGGCAGUGAUUCUACCAUAGCAGAGUUAGUAGCAGAGAUCAAGCCACGCUAUCAUAUUGCAGGUUCCAAAGGUGUGUAUUAUGCACGUGAACCUUACUCCAAUAUUGAUGCUGUGCACAUAACUCGCUUCUUGGGUCUGGCUUCUGUCGGAAAUAAAGAAAAACAGAAAUUUAUUCAUGCAAUUUCUCCUACUCCAGCAUCAAAAAUGUCUGCUGCUGAAAUUAGUAUGAAGUCAACAAACACUACCCUAUCUCCAUACUCAUUAGCUCAGGACUUUCAGCAGACAGUUCAUGCAGACGCUGCAAAGAGAUCUAAUGACAGUGUUUCUGAUUCACAAUACUGGAGAUAUGAUGUCUCACAGAAACGGCAGAAACAUGGAGCUGGGGAUGGUCACAAGAUGUGUUUUAAAUAUGUAUCCUCUGGCUCUUGUCCACGAGGUGAAAAGUGCCAUUUUCAACAUGAUAUGGAUGCCCGAGACCAAUACCUGAAAGGUGUUUGUUUUGAUUUUAUUAAUAAGGGAAAAUGUGAAAGGGGUCCAGAUUGCAACUUCAAGCACAGCUUUCAGAAGGAAGAUGAUAGCUAUUCUAACAGGAGACGUGGAUCUGAAAAUGCUACAAAUAACAGGUCGAAAGAAUGUUGGUUUUGUCUUUCAAGCCCCAAUGUAGAGUCACAUCUAAUUGUUAGCAUUGGUGAAAAUAUCUACUGUGCAUUGGCUAAAGGUCCGCUUGUACAAGACCAUGUAUUGGUAAUUCCAGUGGAGCAUUUGUCUAAUACCUUCUCUUUACCCCCAGAAUGUGAAAUUGACCUCGGUAGAUUCCAGAAUAGCCUGAAGAAGUAUUAUAGUGAGCAAGGGAAGGAAGUUGUUUUUUUCGAGUGGGUGUCAAAACGUAGUACUCAUGCUAAUAUCCAGGCAAUUCCUGUUCCGUCAUCCAGAGCAGCUGCUGCUCAAAAUGUAUUUAAUUUAGCUGCUAAAAAGCUUGGCUUCUCGUUUGUGGCCAAGAAAGUCAGUAAUUAUUCUGAUGGAAGAAAUUAUUUGAGGACUCAAUUUGAUAGGAAUUUCAGUUUCUACUAUGUCGAACUCCCUGAUGGUACUAUCCUGUCACAUUUGGUUGAGGAAAAUGAGAUAUUCCCGGCUCAAUUUGGACGUGAGGUUCUGGCAGGUUUGCUGAACAUGGCAGAUAGAGCCGAUUGGAGAAGUUGUACGUAUAGCAAAGAAGAGGAGACGAAGAUGGCAGAAGAGUUCAAGAGUCGAUUCCAAGCAUUUGAUCCAAAUGAGUGAUACUUUUUCAUACCAUCUGGAAUGAAGAAGAUGCCCUCAGUCUCAGAAUGACUGAAUUGUGGACCACAAGAUCUGGAGCCCCGAAAGGUCAAAGUUGCUGGUCCAAGAAACCAUUAUGACAUGGAGUGAACAGUGAUGGAAAGCGGUUCCUUGAGAUUUAGGUUUGGUAGAAGAAGAACCAAUCAAACUCUUAAAGGAUGUUUCUUUUUCAGCCUUAACAAACCGGAUAUAUAUAUUUUUUUAAAUAAAAAUAGAAAAUCGAGAUUGAAAAUUGUGGGUAA